AUGUUUAUUCAACCGCCAAACUUGUUGUUACUUUCAGCACCAUUACGUGGAAGUUCGACUGACAUUCAUCCGAACGCCAAAUGGCAGCAGAAUGGUAUUACUGUGGCUGGAGGAAAUGGACCUGGCUAUGGAAUCAAUCAACUCUAUUAUCCAUGGGGUUUGUAUGUCGAUGAUGACCAAACUGUCUAUGUCGCUGAAGUAGCAAACGCCCGUAUUAUGGGAUGGAAACAGGGUGCGACACGUGGUCAAGUAGUUGCCGGUGGAAAUGGACNUUAA